AUGGCUUUCCUAGCGCUCCUGCUGCUGCUCUCGCUGUCCUCUUCGGCCGCCCACGGCUAUGGCCCCGGCCGCUGGAUCAACGCCCACGCCACCUUCUACGGCGGCGGCGACGCCUCCGGCACCAUGGGCGGUGCGUGCGGGUACGGCAACCUGUACAGCCAGGGGUACGGCACCGACACGACGGCGCUGAGCACGGCGCUGUUCGGCAGCGGGCUGAGCUGCGGCGCGUGUUUCCAGCUGCGGUGCGCGGGGACGUCGUCGUGCCUGCCGGGAUCCAUCCUGGUGACGGCCACCAACCUCUGCCCGCCCAACUACGCGCUCCCCAACGACAACGGCGGCUGGUGCAACCCGCCGCUCCAACACUUCGACCUCUCGCAGCCGGCGUUCCUCCGCAUCGCCAGGUACCAAGCCGGCAUCGUCCCCGUCGCCUACCGCCGGGUGUCGUGCAGGCGGAGAGGCGGCAUCCGGUUCACCAUCAACGGCCACUCCUACUUCAAUCUCGUGCUGGUGACCAACGUGGGCGGCGCCGGCGACGUGCACGCGGUGGCCGUGAAAGGCGCCCGGACGCGGUGGCAGCCCAUGUCCCGGAACUGGGGCCAGAACUGGCAGAGCGCCGCGCUCCUCGACGGCCAGGCGCUGUCCUUUACGGUCACGGCCAGCGACCGCCGCUCUGUCGUGUCGCGCAACGUCGCGCCGGCCGGCUGGGGCUUCGGACAGACCUUCACCGGCGGCCAGUUCCGUUGA